UGCACCAAUUAGACAAAAGCGACACGGCUUUUUCUUGUUCAUCAUCACACCAACCAAACUCCACUCAAAUUCACAGCUCUACCUAGACAAGUCAAUAGACAAAGAGAGAGAGAGAGUUGUGACAAGAGAUUCAUGGCGGAACCUUGCCGAGUGAGAAGGAUGAAGCUAGGAAGCCAAGGCCUUGAGGUAUCGGCGCAAGGCCUUGGUUGCAUGGGCCUCUCUGCUUUCUACGGUGCUCCCAAGCCGGAAACCGAAGCCAUCGCUCUCAUCCACCACGCUAUUCACUCCGGUGUCACUUUCCUUGAUACCUCUGACAUUUACGGUCCUGAAACCAACGAGGUUCUUCUCAGCAAGGCUCUGAAGGAUGGAGUGAGAGAAAAAGUGGAACUUGCCACCAAAUAUGGAAUCAGGUAUGCAGAGGGGAAAGUAGAGUUUAACGGAGAUCCUGCGUAUGUAAGAGCUGCGUGUGAGGCAAGUUUAAAGAGGCUAGAUGUUACCUGCAUUGAUCUCUAUUAUCAGCAUCGAAUUGAUACUCGUGUCCCUAUCGAAAUCACUAUAGGAGAGCUGAAGAAGCUAGUUGAAGAAGGUAAAAUAAAGUAUAUCGGUUUGUCAGAAGCUUCAGCUUCAACUAUUAGAAGAGCACAUGCUGUUCACCCGAUAACCGCUCUGCAAAUUGAAUGGUCCUUAUGGUCGAGAGAUGUGGAAGAAGAUAUCAUUCCAACUUGCAGGGAACUUGGAAUUGGAAUUGUUGCUUACAGUCCUCUGGGACGAGGUUUCUUUGCAUCAGGACCCAACCUUGUUGAGAACCUAGACAAUAAUGACGUCAGAAAGACUCUACCAAGAUUCCAACAGGAAAACUUAGUUCACAACAAGAUUCUCUUUGAGAAAGUUUCUGCAAUGUCGGAGAAGAAAGGGUGCACUCCCGCACAACUAGCCCUUGCAUGGGUUCAUCACCAGGGAGAUGAUGUUUGCCCCAUCCCAGGAACCACUAAGAUUGAAAACCUUAACCAGAACAUUGGAGCUUUAUCAGUGAAACUUACUCCCGAAGAGAUGUCUGAGCUCGAGUCCCUUGCCCAACCAGAGUCUGUGAAAGGAGAAAGAUCCAUUAGCAUCCUGACCACGUUCAAGAACUCUGAGACUCCACCAUUAUCUUCUUGGAAAGCCGCUUAAAAUUGUCCGAGUUUCUCUGGUUGUUGUGGGGUUCAUGACACUGAAGUGGUCUAACUUAUAUCAGCCAGAUCAAGGUAAUAAAUGUGUUAAUGCCUUGAAGAAUAAAUAAUUUAUAGAGUUCCCCAGGUGAAAACUUCAAUUUACAUUUCAUACAUUGUAACCAAACUCUAUAAACAAAUAUAUGUUCUGAUACAAACUUAAAUAACGUUUACACCAAAAAUCUUACCAAGCUA